AUGAAUUAAAAUUAAGACAGUCAUGUUAUUUAUCAGGAAUUGUUAACCAGCUCUUUGAAUAAGUUGCUGAAGCUACUUCCGAAACAAAUGGUGAGUCUUAAGACAUUGAUUGAGAAAUCAUUAGGUAUGAAUAGUUUAAUAAUAAGAGCAAAUUGAAUAGACGAAAAAUGAUGUUAAUCGGUUUGCAACAAAUGCCAACAAGUAUUUCAUUAUCUACAAGUAUUGCAUCGAUAUCAAACAUAAUAAAAUCACUGAAUGCUGCCUCUACGACCUUGAAGUAUAAUUUCCCUCUAUUUUAAGAAAUUGAUAUCCUAAAACUUCAUAGAUGGUUAUUCUUAUGAUUACUUGGAAUUUGAAAAGGGAAAGCAAUAAGAUAGGAUGCUCAUAGAUUCGAUAGUGGAGUCCAUAAUCAGCUGCACUAAAUUGUAAGAUGAAAAUUUGCAUUAUCUGAUUGUGAAGUGCAUAGAUGCAUUAUUUAAAUAGUAAAGAUUGCUGAUCAGCGGAGAGACCCUAUUGUCCACACUUAAAACCUAUUUACAUCUCUAUAAAUUAGGAAUGGGUUCUGUUAAGAAUAGUAUCAAAUUGGCCAUCAAGAGCGUAUAUGAUAAUAGUCAAGUAAAGGUUGAUAUGGAAAAUAUGUUGAACAAAGGCUUGUCAUGGAAUUCCUUUUAUGACGAGCCCAAGGAGAUAGAAGAAGUAGCAAUAUCUGAUGGAGACAUCGUUGAAUAUGUGUCCAUCACUUUGAGACACAUGGUCGAUGAUGUUAUAUUAUACAAUGAAAGAAUUAAAACUGGUUAGGCAAACAUUCCAAUAGCAUCUGUCCCUUAGGCUUGGGAGGCAGAGGACAUAAAAUACAAAAACUAUAUAGAAGUUAAGGUAGUUGACAAUGGAAUCACAUCAGGAAAGUUUGGGUGGUGCAUUUUAUGCAGACAGCCAGCCCCUUAUUUUUGCAAAGAUACUAGAGUGCCUGUGUGUUCGGUACCCUGUAAAAAAAAGCAUUUUGAGAUGAUAGAAAACAUUAAAAUAAUGUAGAGUGGAUAAUAAAGUAAGAAUGAUGAUUGCCAAAUUAUCUUUAAAUAUUUAUGUUCGAAAGCAAAUAAAGAAAAAAAUAUCAAGAAAGAAAUUUGUUUGGAUUUUAUUCUAUUUAUUGUUGAAUCAUAUCCAUUACAUAUUUAGUCUCUAAAUUUUGAUGAGAAUUGCAUCAAUAUGAUCUGUUUAAACUUGAAAAAUAAAAGAACAUCAAGUACAACAUUCAAAAUAUUAUCGUUACUAAUACUUCAUACAAGAGAUCUCUUAUAAGUUCAAUUAGAAAUUAUAUUCGAUUUUGUCAUUAAUAAAUUGCCUAGUGAUUAAACUUCAGCAUUUCUUGAUUUUGUGCUUUAAUUGAUUGAGUAUCCAAAGCUAAUAUUGGAAUUGUUUACUAAUCACGAUUGUGUAAUUGAAAGAAAGAAUUUAGUCUAAACAUUAUUUGAAAAGGUUGCCUAAAUUGCAUAGGGAGAAUAGACUAAUUAAGAUAGUUGUCUCAUUGCAAAUAGUAUCAUUUAAAAACAUCUUCAACAAUUUAUAAAACUGGUUUAAGAAGAAUAGAACAAUAGUAUUGCUGGUUAUAAUUCAGAAUAGAUUGAGGAACAGAAUCAUGAUUAAUUAAAAAAGAUGAUUAAAAAUAUAGAACAUUUUGAUCAGUAAUUUAAUUAUUUAUAUAAGGGCAUGAAAAGUAGUUGACCUAUAAACAAUAGAUCUUGACAGGACUCUAAAGAUUUUCACUUAAUUGGAAAGAAGGAUUAGAAUAUCUGAUAAAUUAAGGAAUUCUAGAGGAAAACAAGUAUUGAUCAUCUUAAUAUCUAGUCAUGCUUAAAUUGCUUAAUUUCUUCAAGAUAAUCCUUUUAAUAAGGAUUAGUUGGGAUAAUUCUUUGGAUCUAGUAAGGAGAAUCAUUAAUUGAUAUUUUAAAUCUAUUCAUAAUCUAUCGAUUUUAAAGGCUAUCACAUAGUGGAUGCUUUGAGGAAAUAUCUUAAUUAUUUUACACUGCCAGGAGAAGCAUAAUAAGUGGAUAGAU